UCGCUAUCCUACCGGACGUGAAAGGACGGACCAAGAGCUAGACUUUUGGUCUGCUCUUAAUAGCCAAUCCGGGCUAACCAUACAGUACGCCGGCGGUCACCUCGACAAUCGACGCAUAGUAAGUAUACGGAUCGUAAAUCUUGGCCUCGGAACCAGUAUAUUCUUUUGCCAGUACACCAAAGACGCAAUUGCGAAUGACGAUUCGGACCUCGUGAAGUCACCCGCUCCGCUGAAUCGACAGACGACACUAAGGAAAGGGAACAGACGAAGAGUCUGACUUGCCUGUUAGGUCAUCUACACGCAAAGAUGUACUCGAACCAAGGGGACAACGGCAAUAGCCUGUUCGGGAUGAGCAAUGCCGAUCUGAACGCAUUGAUCGCUUCCUCGGGGGUUAACUUGAACGGCAUGAGCCAGAACGGAGGGAAUCAGGGUUCCAACGGCAACAAUGUCAACACCAAUACCAACAAUGGAUUUGGGAACAUCGACAUGAGCAUGUUCCAAGGGAUGGGCAUGGGCAUGGGAGGACAAGGCGGACAAGGGAUGCAGGGAAUGAUGCAGGGCGGUGCCGGAGGAAACGCCGGAUUGGGUCUGGGUUUAGGCAUGAGUCAGCAAGGGCAGGGACAAGGUCAAGGGGUUGGUAACAACAAUCCUCAUGCCCACCUGCUCAACUCGUACAAUCGGGGCAUCUCGCAGCAACAGCAACAACAGAUGCCUCAGAAUGUGCAGGCCGUUAACCAGCAGCAGAACCAGGGGAACACGCAGAGUCCUCAGAUGAUGCGACCUCAGGGUAACGGUAACGGCCGGCCGCAACAUAUGAGGGUGAAUAGCGGGAUGAACAUGCAAGGCGGAAACGGGCAAGGACAAGGGCAAGCCCAAAAUCAGACUCAGGCGAGGUUGCAGAACCUGGGCUUGAACUUGGGCGGUGAUCCGCAGCAGAUGGCUCAGUUGCAAAGGAUGAUUGCGCAGAACCAGCAGAGGAGUUUGGCCGCACAGCAGGGCCAGCAAGCGGUACAAUACGGAAAUCAACAGCAGCAACAAUCGCAAUCGCAACAGCAGCAACAACAGCAGCAGCCACAUCAGCAGAUGCAGCAACAGCAAUCACAACAAGGUGGUUCCUUGACCCCGGCCGACCUACGACAGUUGGCUAAUCAUAGCAUGGCGACGAUCACUCGGGGUCAGCAGCAAGGUGGUUCGACACCUCAGCAGGCUCAACAAUCUCAAUCCAACAUGACAGCAAAACUAAACCUGUCGAGCUCUCAAUUGACCCCGUCGCAGAUGCAACAGCUCUCAAAGUACAUGGCGGCGACACAAGCUCACGCACAGCAGGCGUUGCAAAUCCAACAGCAACAACAGCAGCAACAGCAACAGUCUCAGAUGAACGGCUCGAUGCAGCUCCAGACCCCUCAAAUGGGCGGUCAGCAUCUUCUCAAAACGCCACAGACCGGGAACGCUCUGCCCCAAAGCUCGCCGGCUCUUGGCAGCGAAACUCAAACACCUGGUAUGUGGAUGCAGGGUAACGGUCAGAGGCAGAAUAGUGCCGGGCCAGUAGGGCCUAAUGGCCAAGACGUUCAGGGCACCCUUGGUUGGGCAGCCAAUAUGAAUGAGCAACACAUGAACCAGCUGCGGUCGAUCUAUGCCUCUCAUCAAGGACGUCUAGGUCUGCCAAAUGGACCCAAUUUGCCUAGACAGAUGUCGUCGGGUACUGCCGGGUCCGUGGCUUCGCCCCAGAACAUGCACCAAAAUCCACAGCAGCAGCUCCAGACCCAGAAUAUGCAGAUGAACCAGAACCAAGCGGCGAUGGUGAACCAGCAGCAGCGUGCUCAGAUGCUGCAGCAAACCCAGAGCCAAAGCCAGCAACAAAACAUGAACGAGCAAGCCGCGAUGACGAAUGGCCAGAUGCCGAAUACGCCUAACAUUCAAGCCGUCAUUGACGGCCAGGGCCUGUACCGUCAAGUUUCUGACGACGACUUGAUCAAUACUGUCAAGACCAUGAUUCCCAAGCUCAAUGCACAGCUCCGGACUACCGAGGCGCAAAUCUCCUCGUACUCCCCUGACUCGCAAUCGAGACCACCGGCCGAGGCGAAGCUUAGCAAGAUCCACGGCUUUCGUAACGGAUUCUUGAAAGAAAUGGCACGGCGCGGUCUGGACCCCAAGACCGUAGGUCUGUCCGCAAAUCUCUUGAUGGGUAAUGCGGUAGGACAAUCACCGCUCGCACAAUCGCAGCAACUAGGCGCACAACGGCCGAAUGGCACGACGCCGAUGCAGCCGUCUUUCGGUCAGCCACAAGGAAGCCCGGCCAGUCGACUAAUGCAAAUGCCAGAUCUGUCAAGCGGUAACAACGGUAGCAGCAGUAAUACCAGCAACAAUGGCCAGCUGUUGGCUCAAAUGCAGCAGGCGAACGCUAGCGCCGCCAACCUGAUGGCAGGGCUUGCGGUGAACGCUUCUACUAUCCCUCGAGCAGCCACGCUUGCCGGGCUGACGCUGCAAACCCAGAAGUCUAUGCCCAUCAGUAUGUUUGACGGCCUAAACAGGGCGAUGUCGUCGCGGAAAGGGAUCGAUACGUCCACAAGAUACGUCGAGGGACAAAAGGUGGAGCCGUACCACCUCUUUCUGAUCGUGUGCAAGUUCGGGGGUCAUGCCGAGGUAUCGUCAAAGGAUAUUUGGAGCAUGAUUGGGGGCGCCCUAGGAUUCGUAGACGUGCCGGGUCCUCCUGCUUUGUCAUCCUCGGAAGUUGCUCAGGAGCUCGCUCGUAUCUAUCGGGAGACGCUGGCACACGUAGAAGCCGCUUUUAUAGCCCUAACCAAUCAGCAACGCGCCUCGAACCAGCAAGCAGGGAGUACUUCUGAGGGCGUGUCACAACAGCUCGCGAAUGCGACACAAUCUGGCAAUCCGAGCAACCCCCCGCAGGCAUCACCUCGAAAUGCACUUAUGGGUGGUCUGCCCGGAGGAAUCAAUCCUUUGACCAUGUCGGUCGAGCAGAUGAUGGCGCUAGGCCUGACGCCUGAACAACAUCGUAGUAUUGCCGACCAACGUCAACAGAUCGCCGAACUCGCGAAGAAGGCUCAGACGUCAGGUGACCCUCAGAUGCAAGCCAGACUCCAGCAGAGCCUUUUACAGCUGUCGCAGCAAGCGGGCAUCUCCCAAGAACAGAUGCAGGCUGCAGCGGCAUCUCAAAGUAGCCUGCUUCCUGGUGGUGUCCCUCGGGCAGAGUUGGAAUUCGCCAAGGAUCAACUGAACCAGAUGUAUAGAGACCGUGACCCAACUCAAGGAUUGGUAUCUCACCCUAUGCUGCCUGCCGAACAGGAGCAAGAGUACACCAAAAUGAUCGCGCUCGCUCAGAACGCUGUGUUGCAAUUCGACAGGAUGCUGACGGUCCUGAUAGCUCGCAAAUGGCAGGUCAGCGAGCGGACAAGCGUGGCAGUUAACACGGCUGCUGUAUUGAAAUAUGCCAGCCUUCGAUGGGAAAAGAAUCGGACGGCGGUUCUGUCGAGAGAGGAACUGAUGACUCAACUUCCUCGUAUACGCGAGGAGGUUGGCCAUCUGAGCGUCGCCCUGAGGGGUACUAUGGGGCAGCCAUCGUCCGCAGAGGGACAGAGCAACGGUAACGCUCAAGCGAUACCCGAUUCGGCGCAGGCCAAGCAGGCUCCGUCGGCAAACACCCCGGUGAUCGCUCCCCGGCUUCGGAUCGAGGAUUUGAAACCCCCACCGGCCAAGCGUCAGAAGCAGAACCCCAAGCUCAAGGACGAAAAGCCGUCCUCGGCUUCAGGCUCACCGGUCAAGGUCAAAGCGGAGGGAGAAUCGAACGGAAAUGUGACUUCGCCGCCAUCUCAGACGAAACGACCGCAACCCAAACGGAGGAGAAAGCCGACCAAUGCUGGGAUGCCUCAAGAGCCUAUCGAUGUCGAUGCCGCAGGGUCCACGCCAGUCGACCUGACCGCAUCUCCUGACAAGGUGGACAACGGCCCCGCGCCAGCCGUACCUGGUCGGCCACCGAUAUUGACUGCGGCUCCGGACAACGUCCUGGGCGUAAAACUGGGCGAACAGAUGGUCCAAGCCAGAAUCAAGGCGGACAAUGACGCGCAGUCGGACCCGGUGACGUAUCUGACGAGCCAAUGGAAACGGCUGGAAAACGUGCUGGACCGGCACGACCAGACCGUGCUGGACAAUGUCAAGGCGGAUCUGGCGAUCGACGUACCGGUACCGUUUGACGAUGCGCUGGGCGCAUUUAUCGUGCGUAUGCGUACGGCUCAAGCGCCCUUCGGUCCCUCGUCGAUGAUGCCGCACAAGUCGGGACCGGCGAUGUCGAUGCCUAUCCAGCAGCCCGCGGUUCCGGAAGGGUUCGACUAUUCGUCGUUUAUCGACUUUAGCGGACUUGAAGAGGACGAGGAAAGCGCGCCGACGAUUAUCGCGGCCACUCCCGAUCUCCUCGGUCCUGGGGAUGCCAGGUUCGAGGUCAGUCCGUCGUCCGAGGGUGCGACGGGGACGCCUCGUCAGGCUCCUCCGCCGAUCCAUCAUCAUCGAGCUCCCAUCGGAACCGUCUCGCCCGUGCAGCAGCACGUCGACCUGUUUGGGGAGGACGGAUGGCUCACGGAAGGUCUGGCGGAUUCCAAGUGGGAUGAAGGGUUCGACCCGAACGCGUCUUAUUGGCAUCUCGGUAGCAUCUGAGACCAGGUACAACCAACAACACUCUCUUUCAAUCACCUUGCUUGUUUAACGACCUCGCGACACGACACCGUCAUUUCCGCAUCUACUGCACGCCACCCAGAACCAAAUUUCCAAGUUUAUCGCAAAACCAACGCUCGCGCACCAAGAAAAGUAAAAACAAGGAGGAAACGAAAGAUCAAAACUUAUGCAUGUCUCUUGCUCUUGGAAACCCACUACCAAUGGUCCUAUAAUAACACGAUGAUCCGGUAGCGAGAUAGGUCAAGAAAAUUCUUUGUACUUGCGCCAUGUUGUAAGAACACCUAGCCUCGCCACGCUAUUCAUUUUACGUCCUGUGC